AGUAUGCUUUUGCCGCUGUAUCUAACAACAUUAAGAAGAGUCGUAGUUACUUCCCAAACCCCCAUAAAAUUAUCACCAUUUUAAAAAGUACGCUUGAAGAAUAGAAAAGUAUUUUAUUCUAAACAUAUAAAUCUAUAUGAAACGAUGGUAUAUAUAAAUAUUUUCCGAAAAUUCAUGGUAAUGGUUGCCCUUUUAAUGCAUCUAAAGGAAUUUGCAGAGUCUUAUAUAGAUAUCUCCACAAUCAACGUUAAAUCAGAAGAUCGCAUUUCCAAAGAUGUAACCCCUUUAAGCUAUGAAAUUUUCAUAGAGACAAAUAUAAGCAUAAAGGAUUUCAAUGGAAUGGUGCUUAUGUAUAUAAAAUGGACUACUGACUCAAAAAAAAUAUAUCUUCAUACACACAGCGAUUUGUAUAUUGAGGAAAAACAAAUUAAGCUUCGACUAUCUAAAAAUAUAAACAAGGUUUCGUCAAAAAAUGUUCCAGUUCUAAGAGGUAUCCGACUUCCAAAGAAAACAAUAUAUGUUGUGCACCUUAAAGAAAUAGUUCGACAAGGAUCUGAAGGAGUAAUCGAAAUUCCAUUUAAAGGAAAAAUCUUGAACACAGCUCAAGGAUUCUUUGAAGGCUAUUAUACAAAUUCAUCGACACUGGCACAAGAAUCUUAUUUGGCCACAAAUUUAAAACCGAACAACGCCAGACGAUUAUUUCCUUGCUUUGAUGAGCCAGAAAUUAAGGUUCCGUUUAAGGUAUCAAUCGCCAGAUCACAGGAGUAUAUCGCGGUUUUUAAUACAAUAUUAAACAAAAGCAUUCAACAUCCUGUGCUUAAAGGAUAUCGAUUGGAUACUUUUGAUACAACCCCGCCCAUUCCUGCAUUCUCAUUAUGUUUUGUAAUAUCUAAACUACAAAAGUCAGAAGAAAUAAUCUUUUUGGAUGGUCAAACUUUUUAUAGCAUACAUAUUUGGAAUAAUAAUAUAUCACAUUUCUUUUUAAAGAAUGUUCAAACACGUUUAACAAUCACUCUCAAAUCAAUACAUGUCUUUUUUGAGGAUUCUCUACCGUCAUCUAAAAUAGAUGUUUUCAUCAUUCCCGAAUUCCCAACGAUUCCAUAUGUAAGCAGUUGGGGAAUAUUAUGUGGAAGGGAGUCGGAAUUUUCCAAUAAUGGCUUCUUUGAAAUUUCUAAAGAGCUUAUAUAUCAUUGGAUUGGUAUAUGGAUAACUCCAAAUUGGUGGAGUGAUGAACCCUUGAAUAAAGCCCUUAUAAGCUUUCUGGCAACAGAGAUAGUUAUACAUAUGGAGGUAUAGAAUUUAAUGGAAAAUAUCCGAUGACCAUUCUGUACUCAUUAUAUUAUGAACUAAGUAAGAGAUAUCCACAUUCGCGGAUCACAGGAAUGAAACAAGAAUCGAAUUGUUCUAAAAUAGAGCUUAUUAUAA